CGCCGCAGCCCUGCGGAGUGCCGAGCGGCCGGCUGCAGAGCGCGGAGGACCGGGCGAGAAUGACACGAACCCGCCUCCCCGGGGCGCGCGGCGGAGGCUGCUGAGAAGCCCGGCGGUGCCCGGACCCACGGGGCCCUCCUGCCAGGGAUUGAGGAGACCUGAAGAACGCCAAGGACAGGCUGAUGGGCUCAGGUGGCAGGUUCCAGCAUCUCACCAUGAGCACCGAAAAUCCAACGGCGGGAGACUUGGCUCCAGCUCCCCUUGUCACUUGCAAGCUCUGCCUGUGUGAACGGUCCCUGGACAAGAUGACCACACUCCAGGAAUGCCGCUGCCUCUUCUGCACAGCUUGCUUGAAACAAUACCUGCAGCUGGCCAUCCGAGAAGGCUGUGGGUCUCCCAUUGCUUGCCCUGACACGGUGUGCCUGAACCACGGGACCCUGCAGGAAGCGGAGAUUGCCUGCCUGGUGCCUGUGGAUCAGUUUCAGCUUUACCAGCGGUUAAAAUUUGAACGAGAAGUUCACCUGGACCCCUACCGAACAUGGUGCCCUGUUGCAGACUGUCAGACAGUGUGCCCUGUUGCCUCCAGUGACCCGGGACAGCCUGUGCAGGUGGAGUGCCCUUCCUGUCACCUGAAGUUCUGCUCCUGUUGCAAGGAUGCUUGGCACGCAGAAGUCUCCUGUAGAGAUGGUCAGCCCAUCGUCCUGCCAACAGAACACGGGGCCCUCUUUGGGACAGACGCAGAAGCCCCCAUUAAGCAGUGCCCUGUUUGUCGGGUUUACAUCGAACGCAACGAAGGCUGUGCUCAGAUGAUGUGCAAGAAUUGCAAACACACGUUUUGCUGGUACUGUCUCCAGAACCUGGACAAUGACAUUUUCCUCAGACACUAUGACAAAGGGCCGUGUAGGAAUAAGCUGGGCCACUCGAGAGCCUCGGUGAUGUGGAACCGGACGCAGGUGGUGGGGAUUCUGGUGGGAUUGGGCAUCAUUGCCCUGGUGACUUCACCCUUGCUGCUCCUGGCUUCCCCGUGUAUAAUCUGCUGUGUCUGCAAGUCCUGUCGGGGCAAGAAGAAAAAGCACGACCCAUCCACGACCUAAAGGCCUCUGCUCCUAUCCACGCGCCACAGACGUCCGAGGUUACAAUGAGAAGCACAGUGAUAAAGCCCCACCUAGUGAACUUGCCUCCUCCUUGCCAAACUUUGAAAGUGCCUCUGUGUCCAGACUUUGAACUUGCCUGCCUGCCUUUGGCAUCAGAAAAGGCCGAGCCCGUGUGAAGAGAAGGACCCGGGUUCUGCAGUCUCGGCCGUGUCUAGGGAGCGUGUCGGGAAGCUUUGGGGUUGCUGAGAAGGAACGAACCCACCGUCAUUUUAUCCUCGGGAAGGAUCCCGCUGGACUGUUGAAGUUCCAGCCAGAUUCGAGGAGCCCGAGUGAACAUUCAAUAUCAUGGUUGGCAACACACAUUGUAACUGAGCAGCUAGAGUCUGUUCUGUGUUGAUUUGACCACCACGAGAAACAUGGGAGAAACCCACUCCCCCACCCCCCUGUAGGAGGGAAAGGAUAACACUGUUGAAGGGGAAAUUGUCCUAAGCGCUGCGCAGCAGGCUGCUUAUCUUGGGGAGUGGGUAUGUUGGUUCUGCCUCUGCGGGCUCCUGGGCAUGCUGUUCCAGGCAUUCCCACAGUGACUUGGCAGAAACACAAUAUGUUUCUCUGUGUGUGAUCUCAGCUUCAAGCAGGAGAAACUGCUGUGCAGACGGAGUUGUCCCUUCCAAGUGAAGGGGUUGCAGCCUGUAAAACACUGUGGUCUGAUCGAGUAGCUCUCCCUUGGCAAAUGCAACUUUGGGAAGGUGAUAAAUUCUCCUACAGCCAGUAGCUGUGGUUGACAGGAUUGUUUUAUAUGAAAUACUGGUCGAGUGGCCGAGGUUAACCUUCAUCAUAGGUAACAGAGAUCUUUCCUGAGCUCUGUGUUCAUGCACCCCACACAUUUAGAGUUGGACCUAAAAGUACACACCAAGAGUGAGUAUCAAAGUCCAUGUGUACACCAAUCCACGUAAGUUGCUGCCUACCUAGAAUUUCCAUCCAUUGGGCAUGCGUGAGUCUAUCCAGGGUACACAUAAAAUAAAUGUUUCAUCGAAGCCA